CUUAACUACAAUGGAUUUAUGUUAUACUUGCAUAGUUUACCACCCGUACAGUAAGAAGCGGCAUGCACCUCUAACGAUUGUUUGCGGACAGCCAUAAUACCAUAGAAGAAGAACGAAACGUUCGCGAACUGCGCGUCACUGUGAACGGAAGUGAACAGUGACUAAGAACAAUUUCCACGUUAUCGUUUUUAUUGUUGUUAUUUAGACGCUUAUUAACACACUGGAUCUCAAAAUAUGAAUAAUUUAACUGCACAACAUCACAUACUUACCUCAGAUAUUCUUUAAUUCGUGUUGGAGACAGGACUUGGUUGAUAGUUAUCUAAUAGGUAACGCUAUCUAGCUGUUAGCUAACAAUGGCUAACUGUAUGGUUUUUCACACUCAAAUAGCCUCCAUCAUGGAGGUGUUAGCGAAUGCAGCAGUGACAGAGAUCUGUAAACUCGUAGACGACGACUAUGCAGUGCUUCGUUUGGAAAUUUCGCAAAGCCAGAAAGAAAACAGGGGAUUGCGGAGGAAACUACAACUAUUGGAACUAAAGGUGGCACGGGACCGCGCAGAUAGGACAAUUAGAGAGCGCGUCCUCGCCAGUCGUCCCAAUAGUGUCAAGAUACUUGACAGAUACAGAGGAAUGGCAAGAGGUGAAGGACAUCUCACUGGAGGCCACAGGAGCUUUGUGAAGCCAGCGGGACACAAUACAUGGAGAGAUGACCAACCAAUCACUGUUGAUGAGGGGAUUGGAACCUCAACACAGCACGUUAUUGUGAUAGAGUCUGGAGAUGCAGAGGCUGCAGGUCCUGGGGUCAAGCAGGAAAGGACUGAAGGAAAGGACCCAAGACACAACAGAGACAUCCAGACUGGAACAGCGGCUGGAGUGGCGCCCCCUGUAGCCACGGAGGACCUCCCCGCCGCCGCGCCCCAGGCCAGGCCCCGACGCAGCAUCACGGAGGAGGAAGAGGGUCCAGAGGUGCUACUGGUGAAGGAGGAGGGGUACGAAGAGGGUUUGGGGAACACUGAGGAGGAAAACCAGACUACACCUCCUCCUGAACCCACAGAGGAACCAGCUGAGCAGCACAGGACCACACACAGUCUCACUGAGUCAGUAGACAUGGAGGAUGGGAAGCCUGAUCUGCUGCUGGUCAAAGAGGAGACAAUAGAAGAUGAACCAGAGAGCAUUGAUCUGCUGAGUGGACUAAAGAUGGGGGAGCAAGGUGGUUGGCUGGAGGCAAAUAGAGGAGACUGGGAAGCCAUCUUGGAUUCCCAGACCCAGACGGGUGCAGCCAAGGGCCCAGGGGACAACGUCAUUGAGCAGGCCAGGACCAAAGGCGACAUAGUGGAGGUCAGUGGAUGGGACAGCGUCUUCAACUCUGGGCUGGGGAACAACAUUGUUUACCACAACCAGAAACAGACAAUCGAACACAAACCAACAACCGAACUUAGUCUCCAUGACAACAGACUUGCUGAGACCAGGGCGAGGCGUAGAUUUGGUCUGCGGGGACGGACAGAUUUCCAAAUGCGGCGGAAGAGAACUGACACAGAUUCGACUAGCGAUGCUCCGUCCUGCUCCUAUAGUUGUGAUUCAGAGAGACUGAUGACGCCUCAGGUUAACCCCCUAACAGGUGCUGCCUUCAGCUUGCCUUCUAUAGGAUCUAUCAACUGGAACAUGGACCCUGUGACAACACAGACACUCCCUGACCUUCGUCCUCCUCACACUCUCCUAAUGUUAAAUCAGACCUCAGACAAUGCCAGUGCCUCAACACUAAAUGGCUACACAAGCCCUUUGACAAAUGACAGUAGUAGUAAUUCUAUCAUCAGAUCUGGUGGCAAAGAGAAGCGCUUCCCGUGUUUGUUCUGUGGGAAAGCAUUCAGUUUCCCCAAACAGGUGGAGAUCCACCAGAGGAUGCACACAGGGGAGAAACCAUUCAGCUGUACCCAGUGUGAUAUGCGCUUCGCCCAGGCUGGUCACCUGAAGAGACACCAGAGGGUCCAUACAGGGGAGAAACCCUACAGCUGUCUCCAGUGUGAGCAGAGGUUCUCCCACCAGCACCAGCUGAAGAGGCACCUGAAGGUCCACACGGGCGAGAGGCCGUUCACCUGUACUCACUGUGGGAAGAGGUUUUCAGAGAAGAGCUACCUCAGGAUACACCAACAGAAAAUGCACACAACCAGUGUACAGUGACAUGUAAUGUUGUACUAGUUAGUUUGUAGUUAAUUCUAUUGGGUUUGGAUGUAUCGUAUGAUGAGGCAGAGUAGAUGAUAUGGUGAUGGUGUCUUUAAAAAUGCUUCACUGAUGAAGAGUGACAAACUUUGUCCCUAUAGGAUGAUACUGGUGAUACGUGUUUACUUGACAUAAAGUAGUGAAGCUUUGUGUGAUGUUGAACCUUUCCAAAGUAUUCUACAAUACAUUUUUUCAAAAUGAGGAAACCAGAUUUACAGAAAAAGUCAAGAGGAAAGUUAUUCUACUGGUCAUGUAUUGUUUUGUGCAAUAAAAGUACUGUACUUCAAAGUUGAGUGUAUGACCACUUUGUUGAAGUUAAAUACAAAACUGACUCUG